ACCGCGCCACGCUGAGUCUCCGAUACACGGUCGAGGCGGAUGGACGCAACCUGCUCUACUCUCCAUCCACACCACAAACACAUCAGCUUCCUUUUUCGCUACGCGGUCCUACCACAUCAUUAGCAGCAGAUCCUUCCAAGAUCCUGCCGUACCUAGAAGCCAAGGCCUAUCUCCUCUAUCUGUCGAAGUGGUAAGCGUAUCCUUUCUGCUACCAUGGAACCGUGCUCGUGAUCACUCACAACAAGAAUGCCUGAUCCUGCCUGAUCCUCAAGAAGUAAAAUUCCGGAAACUACGGUGAGCGCAGUGUUCGGUGUUGCUACUGCUCCAAAUAUCCUGCAGUUCGAGUUGAAAUUUGUGAAAACCACGUCCAAAUCGUCGGACGAUCGUGUGUUGGACGUUGCAUGCUGUUCUGUGCUGUGCUGUCCAGCGGCUGACCUUUUCGGUGACCAAUUUUUCCAGAAUACAGCUGUCCAGUCUCGGUGUUUCCUUUCGUGAACGUGCGUUUGCUCAUGACGGUUUCACCAUCGUGUGGUGAUGCGUUGGUGCCGUUAAUACCGUGUCCAGUAGUGUCUAAGUGUCGCGCCGGUUGCCAGUAUCAGCACCAGCUGGCAGUGAACUUCAUCCUAAAAAUAGUAGUGCUUCCAUCGUGCGUCCACGGUCAAGAAUACGUCUGUGACACGAAAGCCAGCUGGCACCAUCCAGACCGUUUCGAGUGCUGGGGACUAAAGACUGUGGCCCGCCGUUUGUUGUUUGAAGUGUCUUUGUGGGUGCAGAUAACUGUGGCUUUCCAAACGUGAUUGCCGUUCACUCGGUGAGAUGCAGUAAGGAUCCGUACCUACCAAAUCAACUCCAAUCAUAGAAGGCUUAACAACCGGUUGAUCGGCAGUCCAUAUACAGUUGAUUGCAGUUCAAUUACCUACGUUCUUCGCCUGUACACGUACUGAGGAACAUUCAGCAGCUCAAUGCCAGCAUACGCCGAAAUGUUGGUUUCACAAAGUCCCUCUGCAUUCAGUCAUCCGCUAUCGUCGGACUACAAGACCGGCCCUGGAUCACCAUUAGGCAGUGGUGAUGGUGCUGGCAGCCCUGGGCUUCAUAGUGGCGUUGUAAGUCCAACCUUUUUUGGAGGAUCACCAGUCAUGCACAGCUACUGUAGGCCAGCAUCGCUGCAGCUCCCGCAGAAUCCUGUAGGGACAGCGGCAAAUGGUCCAGCGCCGUUCCGGCGACAGCUAACGCCACCAUGCCUCAGCCCUACCGGUGGAAAGAUGCCAUCCUCCCCGCUUCGUUCCUGUCUUGUUGUACGGCCGGAAGAUAGUUCACCCGAGACACCUUACAGUCAACCAGAGCACAUCAGUUCGCAAGAUCCAUUCACUAACAGUUCCACAACGAAGGACGCCGAUAUAGAGCAUUCCCAAUCGGCAGCUAAUGACACUGUGCACGCAUCAGUAGCAGCGGCAGCAGCUGCUGCAGCCGCUGCAGUGGCUGCUCGCAACAAGAAGAAGGUUGUGUUCGCAGAUGACCAGGGUGGUCAGUUGACGCAGGUGCGCGUGAUGCGCGAACCAUCAUAUAUGCCCCCGAUCUGGAGUCUACAGUUCCUGGCUCACGUCACGCAGGGCAUGAUCAGUCCGGUACCACAGGAACAAUGGGUUGUCGACUUUGUGCAACCGGCCAGCGACUAUGUGCGCUUCAGGCAAAAGCUGGACGAGCGAAAUGUGUCGCUGGAGAACGUCAUUAUCAAGGAGACCGAGCAAUUGAUCGUAGGCACGGUCAAGGUGAAAAACCUCUCCUAUCACAAGGAAGUAAUCCUCCGUUCGUCCUGCGACAAUUGGAAAACGCAUGAGGAUACCUUUUGUACCUACAGUGUGGUCGGAAAUGGAGCUGCUUCGGCGUAUCUCAUCUUCGACACAUUCUCCUUCAAGUUAACUCUUCCACCUAAGUCCAGACGGAUUGAGUUUUGUGCCUGUUACAAGUGCGAUGGUGUCGAGUACUGGGACAACAAUGAUGGUCGCAACUACUCCCUGACGAAUCGCGUCGCUCCGCGACAGGAUUCUGGGGAUUUCCUACCAUCAUCGGGCGCUGGUGCGUUUAGCAACCACGGUCGUAAUACCGCGAGGACGAAUGGAAGCAAUGGAUUCUUGUCACCGUACGUGGACCCGACGGUGGAGCUCGACACUUGGACCGAUAUGACCGCCGAAACACAAUCGGGUCCCUACUGCAGUACAUACGACUGCUCGACAGAGCACGUGGAGUCAACAUGUGGCGCCACAAAUUACUUGCAGAUGCGACCGAUCGAUAUGGACGCGUCGUGCUUAAAUGCAAGCCACAGGAUGGGAACGGGAGGACGGCGGGGUAGCACGGGGGAGGAGUUUUCACUUUCCCUAAAGCCGCACCUACAGCCACCGACCGGUGCCACAAGAGUGAACGAUCUACACGGGCCGACUCCACUGGGACGCAGUGCUAGUAGCGGAGGGCUGUUCUUCAUACGCGAACGGAACGAGGGCGAAGAUUUGCUGGCCAAUCUACUUCGGCUGCGCAAACUGAUGCAAACUCAAAAUCAGUGAAACGAAGAGGUGUAGAAUUUAACCGCAAGGCGCUAUGCCCUAGUAGCCGGUAGUGAUUGCGAUGAUCAUGUUCAAUCGUUCUAGAUUUCUUUCAUCAAUAGUCGUGAGCGGAAUACAUUAAUGAAUAAUAUGAAGAUGUGCGUGGAUAAUUGUAGAAGCAAGGAAAAUAUGUUUUGCGAUACUGCGUUGAUAGACAGAUCUGUAGAUGAUAAGAAGCACGUGAUACGCGGAGGAAGGAGUUCGCGAAAAAACACCAGAGCAAAAGAUUCGUGGUUUGGCAAAGCAAAGGCGUCUGCAGAAGGCAGCCGUUGUCGCAAAAGAUAGGAAUACUAAUACUAAUUUUAUAACCAUAUUUACAUACGGCAACUAAAAGACUGAUUGUGUCCACAAACUACAACUAAAUCUGAUACACUGUGAAAUCAAAAUCACUGUGCAGGAUGAGGGCGAAACGGAUUCAAGAAGUAAAUUAAUUUGAAAGAUACUAUUUAAAAGCAGAACUAGCUAUGCAGCACUGAGUGAAUGAGGUGAUUGACUUUAAUACUCAGAAGAAAAUCAAACGGAGUGUAUGUUCCAUCCGGAUUGUAUAGUGAGGCAGGGUGUAAUGCUGUGUAGCCUUUUGUUUAAACUCUUCACAAAAAAAUAGAGAGCAAAUCGACAGAAAUGUCCCUCAUAUCCUAGAAUGUGCCACAAUCGACAUUUGUUUUACAAGUUUGUGACAACUUCUUUAAUUUAUGUUCGUUUUAUAUAAAAUGACACAGCAACAAAACAAAAAAUAUAAAAAGAGACAGCAAACGUGGAACAAUCUACGUCCCCAUGCAUGUUAUUAGAUAGCGAGAGCUUCUUUUAACAAUAGGGCAAACUCGUCGCUAUACGGGUUACUGUAUGGAUAGACAAAGGAGAAGUCGUUGCAAGAAUGGACGGUGAUACGGAUUGAACGGUUUAAAUAGAUGUACCUAUAAGAGAACGAUCAUUAGAUAAACUAAAGCUCACAUUACUACCGUAAGCCAGUCCAGACGAAAAAAAAGUGGUAGUCGAAUUAAGUUUGUCAUCUAGAAGAGUGUUUUCUGAGUCAGUGAACGUGAACGCGAGCAACCUUAUAGCAGCUUAAAUGUAGAUAAAUGAUUUUAGAGAACGACGUCGCUGAUCCUGCUUCCCGAUGCAAGGUGAAAUUAAGGGCUUACCUUUGCUAGGAUUGAAGAUUGCUGCUGCUUUAUUUUAAUUGUAAAAUCCUGCUUCACAAGACACACUGACGAUUGAAUGCGACAAUGCUCGUGGGAUGUCGCAAGAAGGCUGUAAAUAUCGUUUAUUCCAGCUUCCGCAGCUUUGGUAUACUUUGUUAGAAGUUAAUUGUAAAACCAGGAUCAUGUAUAUGUAAACAGCGUUUCAUAAAGUAGCAAUAGUAGAAUACCACAAAUUUAUAGGCAUUGCGAAGUGAGCAGAGCCGAGCUGAAAUAAUAAAGUCAAUCC